CACCACCUUUCAUAGCAGCAUAUCACUUUUCGACAGUAAGCUUCACAAACACCAAAAUGUCGAGGGAACGAUGACGGAGAAGAAGCCGGCGAGUGACAAGAAUUAUAGGGGCUUUGUCGCAGGAGUUGCGAGUGGGAUUGCUAAACUGACUGUUGGCCAUCCCUUCGAUACCGUCAAAGUCCGCCUACAAACCUCCGAUUCGACACGCUUCUCCGGCCCCCUCCAAUGCCUCCUCCUCACAGUUCGAAAUGAAGGCUUUCGAGGCCUGUACAAAGGCGCUACGCCGCCGCUGGUGGGAUGGAUGUUCAUGGACAGCAUUAUGCUAGGCUCCCUGACAUUCUACCGAAAGGUCCUUCACCGAAGUCUCUUCAAUCCUCAUGCCCUCUCCGCAAGCCCCUCCAGCUGGGCACGUCGCGAUCUUCCUCUACCGGAUGACAAGCUACACAAAUUACCUACGCUGGGCCAUGCAAUGGCAGGUGUAAUGGCUGGAGCUACAGUGAGCUUCAUAGCUGCGCCAGUGGAGCACAUCAAAGCACGUCUGCAAAUCCAAUACUCGUCCAAGAAAUCUGAACGAUUGUAUAAGGGGCCAAUAGAUUGUGCAAGGAAGAUUUAUCGCUUCCACGGAAUAACCGGCAUCUACCACGGACUUUCAGCUACGCUCUUAUUCAGGAGUUUCUUCUUCUUCUGGUGGGGAAGUUAUGAUGUAUUUACCCGUCUUUUGACCGAGCGAACGAAUCUCUCUACUCCUGCUGUCAAUUUCUGGGCCGGUGGUCUCUCGGCUCAAGUUUUCUGGAUGACGAGCUAUCCUAGCGAUGUCGUGAAACAACGAAUCAUGACCGAUCCUCUGGCUGGUGGACUUGGGGAUGGAGAGAGGAGAUUUAGGCAUUGGAGAGAAGCUGCUGUUACGGUAUAUAGGGAGAAUGGAUGGCGAGGAUACUGGAGAGGCUUUGUCCCCUGUUUUUUGCGAGCGUUUCCCGCUAAUGCUAUGGCCUUGGUGGCUUUUGAGGGCGUUAUGAGAGCUUUGCCUUAGAUGGAUGGUAUAGACGAUAGAGUGUAGCAUGGCGUUCAGGGCAUAUCCACUUUUAUGUUUAAAUGUAUGAUGGAAGUAAGAUUAUGUGUGUACGAGUAGAAUAGACCAAUCGCAAUUCUUUACGAC